CGGACGGGGGGGGGUCGUGGGGUUCCCUAGGGCCAUGGCGGAACCCAGCCUGCCCAUCUGCAGGUACCGCCGGGCACUGGUGGAGGCCGUGAAGGAGCAGCCCUUCCUCAUCGUCACCGGCGAGACCGGCAGCGGCAAGAGCACGCAGCUGCCCAAGUACCUCUUCGAGGCAGGCCUUGCCAAGCAUGGAGCCAUUGGUGUUACCCAGCCCCGGCGCGUUGCCACCAUCUCAGUGGCACAGCGGGUGGCCGAGGAGAUGGGCUGUUCACUGGGCAGUGUCGUUGGGUACCAGGUCCGCUUCGAUGACUGCACCAGCAAGGAUACUGCCAUCAAGUAUAUGACAGAUGGUUGCUUACUGAGGCAAAUACUGGUAGACCCUCUUCUUAGCAAGUACAGUAUCAUCAUUUUGGAUGAAGCCCAUGAGCGGAGCCUCAGCACUGAUAUUUUAUUUGGUUUGCUGAAGAAACUAUUUCUACAGAAGAAACCACCAGACAGGAAGAUGGCAAUGAAGGUGGUGGUGAUGUCAGCCACCCUGGAGGUAGACAAGCUCUCAGAGUUCUUUGGACACUGUUCAGUGCUGCAUAUUCCAGGAAGAAGUUAUCCUGUCAAGUCGAUAUUCUGCAACCUGCUCAGUCCCCGGAACACUGGCAGCCAGGCAUAUGUUACAGAGGCUGUAAAAGUGACAUUGGAUAUCCACUUAAACGAACCAGAAGGUGACAUCUUGGUUUUUCUGACAGGUCAAAUUGAGAUAGAAAGAGCUUGUGACUUGCUUUUCAAGAAAGCAGAAUCUAUUGAUUACCGGUAUGAAGUACAUGAUCGAUCUAUUGAAGGUCUGCUUAUCUUACCAUUAUAUGGGUCAAUGUCAACAGAUCAACAGAAAAGAAUAUUUUUGCCAGCUCCCAGAGCCAUUAGGAAAUGUGUGGUAGCGACAAACAUUGCUGCAACAUCUCUGACAAUUGAAGGAGUCAGAUAUGUAGUAGAUAGUGGAUUUGUGAAGCAAUUGAAUCAUAACCCCCGAGUUGGCUUGGACGUACUGGAGGUGGUUCCCAUUUCAAAGAGCGAAGCAAAGCAGCGAGCUGGCCGAGCUGGCAGGACAUCAUCUGGAAAGAGCUAUCGACUGUACAGCAAAGAAUUCUGGGAGCAGUGCAUGCCUGACCACACUGUGCCAGAGAUCAAGAGAACCAGUCUGACAUCUGUCAUCCUGACCUUGAAGUGCCUCUCUGUGCAUGAUGUCAUAAGAUUUCCCUAUUUGGACUGCCCUGAAGAAAGGCAUAUUUUAGAAGCUCUCAAAGAACUUUACCAGUGUGAUGCUAUUGACAGGAGAGGUCAUGUGACAAGACUGGGUGAAUUCCUGGUGCAGUUUCCCCUCCCUCCCAACCUGACCUGUGCUGUCAUAAAAGCUGCUUCUCUUGACUGUGAAGACCUGCUUCUUCCCAUAGCAGCCAUGUUGUCUGUGGAAAAUGUCUUUAUUCGUCCAGGUGAUCCUCAGAAACAAAAGGAGGCUGAGCUUCAACACCAGGAACUUUCCUCACAAGUGGGAGGAUGCAAUGAUUUUGCAACCCUCUUAAAUAUUUUUGAACAAUGCAAAGCAAGCAAGUCUCCUUCAGCUUGGUGCCAUAAAUACUGGAUCCAUUGGAGAGCUUUAAAGUCUGCUUUCAGUGUGGAAAAACAGCUUCGGGAAAUAAUCAGUAAACUGAAACAGCUGCCAGACUUCCCUAAAGAGACAUUUGAAGGUUCCAAAACUGAAAUACUAAGAAGAUGUCUAUGUGCAGGAUACUUUAUCAAUGUAGCUAGGAGAUCUGCAGCCAAGACAUUCUGCACAAUGGAUGGACAUGGCAGCAUGGUCUAUAUCCAUCCUUCAUCUACACUAUACAACCAGGAGACUCUCCUUGAGUGGAUCAUCUUCCAUGAUGUCACAGUGACAUCCAAAAUCUAUGUCCGGACAGUAUGUCCUGUUCGCUAUGAAUGGGUCAAAGACUUGUUGCCCAGAUUGCAUCAGAUUGAUGCAUAUGAACUGAGCAGUGUGGCACGGGAAGAAGUAACUGAAGAGGAAAUAAUCAAGUGGAAAAAUAAGGAGGACCUUAAGAGGCAGUAUGAAGGAGUCACGGACAACUCUGUAAAGAAGAUGGAGAGAAGGAAUGAUGAUCAAUCAAUAUCAGAUGCCCGAGCUCGCUACCUUGAGAGAAAGCAGCAAAAAGCACAGGGUUUAAGUGGCACAUUGAAAGAAAUGGGGUAAUACUUGUGGUUGCUCUGCUCCCACUAGGAGGAAAAGCAGUUUGGUGCAGUUGUUCUGGGUACGUUUGCAUAAUGCAAAAUGUCUAACCAGAAUGAAGGAAAACUUCUGCUUUGUGGUAAGUUUGAGUGCCAAAGCAUAAAACAUACUCUUCCUUUGCUGCAUCCAGCAAGGAAAAAUUACCAAGGUGAAUUUUGUUGCUACUUGUCACUGGCAACAAGUUAGUGACCUCAAGUGCCCAUCCCCUCAAUGGGGAUGAAGACCUGAUAUUUAGUAUGGGGCCAGUUCUGUAGCAUUUAAUUGACUUAAAAAGGUCUUGGUGGUCUCUUUGCUGUUAAUAAUAAAAUUUUCUUAAAGAUUUAAGGAAUGGAACUGCCACUUUUAGUCAUUUUACUUUGUAUGAUUGUGACUAUACAGUCUUCAUGCUCCUACACAUUUUUCUGAGCAGUGUAUGAACUGCUCUUUUGAUGAUAGAGGUAUCAGGAUAUAAAUUCAAAAGGACAUUUGCCACCAAUGUUCUCUCUUGCAGACAGUGUUUUCCUACUCUGUAUUGUGCUGUACCAUGUACAGUGAUGCUUCUGGGUGAAGGUGUCUUUGAAUGCAAAGUAUUUUGUAGAUGUUUUCACAUUCUUGCUAACAGUGCAUAAUUUUUGUCAGGGAUGACUUAGCACUAUGUGUUUUCCAUUUGGCAAAAAAACCCACAACAACCCAGCAGUCAAGCCAGUACUCAGCAGUCAGUCCAGUACUAGGUCCUGCAGGCCUGCUGCCCAGUAGGCUGGUUUUAUGAAUUUGAUGACUGUUAUUUUUAAAAUGUAUGCAUUUUGGUCUGAAGAUGUGUAGAAUGUGUAUUUUCAAAUGUGUAGAAAAUACCCAGGGAAAUACUAGCUUUAUUUCUCAAUUCAGGUAUAUAAAAAACAAAGAGCUGUGUUGCUUUGUCAUCAUAAAAUGUAUCCUUCUCAGUAAAGAGGUCACCUUCAUCUUAAAAUGUUCCAGUGCUCUGGUGUGGAGCUUGUCUUGCUAUUUUUCCAUCAGUACUAAUUCACAUUUUAUAUAAGAGUUUCAAAAAACCUGGAAAAGCUUACUGUCAUUUUUCAUGCAUUUGUGUGCACUGUUUGUCACCUUUAAUUGCUUUUCAGAUAACUAGCUUACACUGCUAAAGUUGUAAGUAAGCUUUAGCAUUUGGUGUAAAACAUUAAGCAUUCCACCUCUGUACUGUGCAGGCUGUGGCUGAUCAUAAACUCUAGAACCACCUUGGGAUUCUCUUCUGGGGAAUAUGAUGAUAUUAUUCUUCACAAGGAAGGCAGAUCUGGUAAUUGUUCCUCUUUCUGUGGUUGUACCUAUUAAAAUGAAAAACCUGA